UCGUCCUUUAAGCAACGUCUGGCUGCCACGGAAAUGCCACCACCAGGGCCCGCCUAUUUUGAUGCGCGAAGAGCACUUUGGUGGACACCGGGCGCAAAGCCUCCUCGCCAAGCGAAGACUUCUGCCGCUCGUCGACGGCUCGAGCGAUUACUCAGUCAAAAUGGCGCCACGGAGAGUGAUCAGGUGUGGACAAGCGGCUUGAAUGAGGUGUGGAAGGCGCUGAUCAGUGGCUCUCCAUUGAAAAUCCCGUUGCCGCUUGAUAUGGUGGUGAAGAUUCUCAUGGCAGGAUGGAUUCGCGAUGGGACAUGGCCCAGAGGCGGAGUUGCCCCGGAGCCGGAUGAUGAACUU